GUAGAAGCUGAACCCUGUGUCUCUGCUCUUCCCGCAGCAGAUCCGAGCAUCCUGGCGCUUCCAAGCCUCCCUUAAGCUCCUCCAGCAUGACCUCACGGAUCCUGCUCCGGCAGCAGCUCAUGCGUGAGCAGAUGCAGGAGCAGGAGCGGCGGGAGCAGCAGCAGAAGCAGCAAGCCGCCCAGUUCAUGCAGCAGCGCGUGCCCGUCAGCCAGACGCCCGCCAUCAACGUCAGCGUCCCCCCCAGCCUGCCCCCUGCCACCCAGGUGCCCAUGGAAGUCCUCAAGGUGCAGACCCACCUUGAGAACCCAACCAAGUACCACAUUCAGCAGGCGCAGCGGCAGCAGGUGAAGCAGUACCUCUCCACCACUCUAGCAAACAAACAUGCCAACCAAGCUCUGAGCUUGCCGUGCCCAAACCAGCCUGGGGAUCAUGUCAUGCCGCCUGGAACGGGAAGCAGUGCACCCAACAGUCCCAUGGCCAUGCUCACCCUCAACUCCAACUGUGAAAAAGAGGGAUUUUAUAAAUUUGAAGAGCAAAGCAGGGUUGAGAAUGAGUGCCCAGCUCUGAAUACACACUCACGAACAUCAUGCAUGCAGAUGGAUGAUGUGAUUGAUGACAUAAUUAGUCUGGAGUCAAGUUACAAUGAAGAAAUCCUUGGCCUGAUGGACCCUGCCCUGCAAAUGGCAAAUACGUUGCCUGUGUCUGGCAAUUUGAUUGACCUUUAUGGCAACCAGAGCAUGCCUCCUCCAGGGCUGAACAUCAGCAACUCGUGUCCAGCUAAUCUUCCUAAUAUAAAAAGGGAGCUCACAGAGUCAGAAGCGAGGGCAUUGGCUAAGGAGAGGCAAAAGAAAGACAAUCACAACUUGAUUGAACGAAGAAGAAGAUUUAAUAUUAAUGAUCGUAUUAAAGAACUAGGCACUUUGAUACCCAAGUCAAAUGACCCGGAUAUGCGCUGGAAUAAGGGAACUAUUUUAAAAGCCUCGGUUGACUACAUCCGCAAGCUGCAGAGAGAACAGCAGCGCACCAAGGAGCUUGAGAACAGGCAGAAGAAGUUGGAACACGCCAACAGGCACCUGCUGCUCCGGAUACAGGAACUUGAGAUGCAAGCGCGGGCGCACGGCCUCUCCCUCGUGCCGUCGACAGGCCUCUGCUCCCCCGAUAUGGUGAACCGGGUCAUCAAGCAAGAGCCCGUCCUGGACAACUGCAACCAAGACCUCCUGCAGCACCACGCCGACCUGUCGUGCACCACCACCCUGGAUCUCACCGAUGGCACCAUCACCUUCAGCGACAACCUGGGAAAUGUGACUGAGCCGACUGGCACUUACGGUGUCCCCGCAAAAAUGGGAUCCAAACUGGAAGAUAUCCUGAUGGACGAUACCCUCUCCCCCGUUGGGGUAACUGACCCGCUGCUUUCCUCAGUGUCUCCUGGAGCGUCCAAGACGAGUAGCAGGCGGAGCAGCGUGAGCAUGGAGGACACCGAUCAUCCCUGUUAGCAGAUGUUUGCUCUGCAUGGCCUUUCAUAAACUGCUUUUUCUUGAUCAGUAGAUUAAAUAAUUUACCUUUUGUAGAUUUUUUUUUUGAUUUUUUUCCUUUGUGCUUCAUCAGUAGCCUAGUGUGUGUGCGCGUGUGUGUAUAUAUUAUAUAGAGAGGUUUUUUUAGAUUUUUCUUUUGUGGAAGGAAAAAAAAAAGCUUGUAUAUUCUAUUUUAAAACUACCAACGCCUGCAAAAUAUUGUACAGCGUAUGUACAUUAUCUGUGAACUGGAUUAGCCAAGAACUUUGAACUGGUUAAAUCUACUUAAAGCAAUAGAAUUACAUCUGAAAAGUCUGUUUCUACUCAGGCGGGGAGGGAGCAUAGCAGAAUUGUAAAUUCUGUGCAACCCAUUUCCUUGGAAACAAAAUGUAAAGAUAAAGAAUGUAAAGAAACCAAAACAGAGAGAGUUCACUUUGUAAUUAUGUUGAUUCAAUAGUACUGCCUUAAAGAUACAGUGUCCCUCAACCUUUGGUCAUUAUAUCACAAGUGUUUAAACAAAAAUUACUAUUCCACUGAAUACAGACAAAAAAAAAAAAGUGUUGAAACACCCUGAUUGUUCAUUCUGAUAUAAAAUGUUCUUGAUGCUAUUGCUGAGAACGAAGUAGAAAUUGCAGGGAGAUGUGAAUCUCUUCCUCAGAGUGACAUUUAAUUUUACUCUGAGCUGAUUCGGGUUUCCUUUGGAUCAUGGUUGAAGGUUUUUGUUUUAGAUUUUUCUUGUUUUGUAACAUAUAAUGAUGGUUUGCCAAUGAAUGAAGAAGGAACACUGUAAAUCGGUAUCUACUUUUUGGACAAAAAAUGAUACAUUUUAUCAACUGGGCACAUUGUACAUAUCUAAUUGGCUUUACUCUUUUUUUAAAUUGCGUUGUACAGUUUAUUUUGAUUUGCAUGAAUUCCUUAGUUAUUCUUAAUGUUUUGUUUUAAAUAUAUUUGUAUUUCAUUUGUAAGAAUUUGCCUCUUAAUAUUGCAACAAUUUUUUGACAUUUUAAACUCAUUGGAAGUUUUCUGUGUUCUUUGUAAACACUUGAAAGGAAGCUUUUAUGCAGGGUUCUGUGUUUUAAGAGAGAUUUUAAGAAUAUUUUGUAUAUUACAGUCUCACUUUGAAAAUGUUUUUAAACACACUUAAGGUAGAGUGAGUACAAAUUUAGAUUAGGUAAUAAACAAAACAGCUCUGUAGAAAAACUGAACUUACAUAUUUAUUUUUAGUGAUCCAGAAAAAGUAGUAAUAUGCUUGAAAACAUAAAUAUGUAGUUAAUCUACCCGUUAUAGUAAUUUGUGUUUUAUUUCAGCACUGGGGCUGACAUUAAAAAAGAAAAAAAAAAAGAAAAAAAGAAAAAAAGACUAAAUUACUGUAUCUGCAAAUAACUGUUACUUGAUAACAAUGUUAUUAAUUUUUAACAUGCAACAAUGUUGUAAAAGUAGUUUGGUGCAUUAUCUACUCAAGUGUAGUCCUAUGCAAUAACAGUAGUUUUACUUGUAUUAUAUCGAGCCUAGAUGUUUGACAGAGAUGACGUACGGUGUUCCAAGCUAGACGGAUUGAAUGGAUUUCUCAAUAGCAGCCCACAACUGACUUGCAAGCGGCAGGCAAGCGUAUCUCGUUCAGAAUGAAGUGCCUUAAACUCUAGCUGUAGUCUUCCUGGACUAGCACUGACUGAAGUGUGGCAUAGGAGAAAGCUUUCGGGUGACCUUUUCUAGGAAGUUGAAGUGUGGCAUGGUGCCUACGUAGAGAAAACAAGAGCUCCCCGUUCUCCUGUGUGCUACACUGGAAGAUAUAUGUAAUAAUAAUGGUAAAAACAAACAAAAAAACAGGUAGGG